AUGUUCGUGUCACUGUUUCUCUUCGCCAUACUCUCAACAGCAGCAUCGUCCAGGACUCCCCUGCCAUCGCAAAUACGGGAAGACAUCGAUAAGUAUAGCAUUGAAAAAAUAUGUGAGAACGGAGCCAUGAGUGAUGCCAAAAGACUCAUCGAUCGUGUAAAGGAAGUAGAGGAUAAGCGAGACAGAGACAUGCAGUGGUUUGUCUCACAUAUAAAGGAAGUAGAGGAGAAGCGAGACAGAGACAUGCAGUGGUUUGUCUCACAUAUAAAGGAAGUAGAGCAGAAGCGAGACAGAGACAUGCAGUGGUUUGUCUCAAGUAUAAAGGAAGUAGAGGAUAAGCGCGCAAAUGACGUGAGAGUCUUCAACAAACGAAUACAGGAAGUCAGGAAGCUUCAUGCUGAAGAGAUGCAAGUAUUUUUGCAAAGACUACAGGAAGGGUCACAUAUACGCACCCAUGACAAGGAGGCUUUUGCCAUGCGUAAACUAGAUGCUGAUAAUAGACAUGCAGAUGCUGCUGUAACCCAUUCUAGUGGAUUGCCAGAUCUAUAUAAAAUAGUCACCGAAGGCGACGCUAAAAUUACUACCAAUCACAACGAAGUCCAUGGAUUUAACGAUACAUUGGGAACAAUAAGUGUUUCAUUGUCUAAUCAGAGAGAUGAGAAUAAGCGUAGAAACACAAACAGUGUUUGGGAAGAUAACCAAGAAAAGGAUAACACAAGACUUAAGAAUGGAAACCAUAAAGAAAUACAUGAUUCGAAUGAGAGACAGAUCGAUUUGGACAUCAAUGUUAGCCGAAGGGAGCUUGCUUCUCCUGGAAGACGUGUAGUUUCUCUUAGUGGUGUUGCCUUCCACGCAGUGCUCGCGAACGAAUUAGUUAACCCGGCCGCGAAACACAUCAUACAAUUCCAGGACAUAAAACUGAACAUCGGUGGCAAUUAUCACCCCACAACCGGCGUGUUUACCUGUUCGCAACCCGGGAUCUAUGUGUUUUCCUGGUGUUUACGAAUCAAUUACGGUCCUGUCCAUGGUGUAAAUUCAGAAAUUGUCCGUAACGGUGUCGGCUUCGGGAGAAGUUCAGUUGGAAGUGGGGGCAGUGACGAUAAGUUUUCUCAGGGGUCCUCCACUGCAGCGAUACAGCUGGAUCAAGGCGAUGAGGUGUGGGUUCGUGUUCACUCUACCUUUGCGGGAACAAACAUAGAACCAACCUAUUCGAUGUUCACCGGCUUUCUCGUACGCUACUAG